GUCUUUGUGAGUUAAUGAGUUUGAAGAUGGCGGCAAAUAAAUCCCCUGUUCAAAAACAGAAGGAAUUGAGUUUACCUAUUUCACGUAUCAAAACUAUUAUGAAAAGUUCUCCAGAUGUCGAAAAUAUUAGCCAGGAUUCUCUGCACCUAGUGGCGAAAGCAACGGAAUUGUUUAUUCAGUAUGUCACACAAAAAGCAUUUGAGGAAGGUGGCUGUACAAAAGAUUUGCAAUACAGUCACAUAGCGGAAAUUGUGGAAAAGAAUGAUAAUUUGCUUUUCCUGAAAGAAAUUGUACCAAAGAAAAUAACAUACAGGGAAUACAAGGAACUACUCAAGAAAAAGAAACAGAACUUCAACUCUGAUGAUGAAUUUGAGAAUGUGGAAGAAAGUGAGAGCUCGCAAAACAGAACAGCAGUUUUUAGUUGAAUUGAAUACUUAAGUAUGCAUUUGCAUGAGUGAAAACUGUGAUCAUUAUGAAAAAAAGACAUUGUAUAUUACGCAUCUAAAAAAAAAAGUGUGUGGUAAAUACAGUGCAGUACAAGGAAGGAAGUGUCAGUAAGAGAAGCAAUUUGUUAAGCAAGAGACUUAACUUGUUUACU